AUGAAGUUUGGGAAGAGCAUCUGUAUCCUUAAUGUGGGUGGCACAAAAUAUGCGUUCUCUAAGGAGGUGAUAAAAGAUUUCCCUCUGAGUAGAGUGAGCCGUUUGCACAAAUGCGCCUCGGAGAAAGAAGUACUGGAAGUGUGCGACGACUAUGAUCAGGAACGGAACGAGUUUUUCUUUGAUAGGCACUCCGAGGCUUUUUGUUUCAUCAUGCUGUACGUGAAGUACGGGAAGCUACGGUUCGUCCCGCAGAUGUGCGAGCUGUCAUUCUACAACGAGAUGAUUUAUUGGGGGCUGGAGAGCUCACACUUGGAGUUUUGCUGCCAGCGGAGACUGGAUGAUAGGAUGUCCGACUCAUACAUUCAUUUCUCCGAAGAGGAAAACAAACUCGACGAAGAAAUGAGGGGCGAGAAUUUGGUGACUCGAGUGGUCACAGAGGGAGAGGAUUCAAAGUGGCUGGAGAGAAUGAGAAGGACUUUUGAUGAACCGACUUCAUCAGUCGCAGCACAAAUCUUAGCUUCAGUGUCCGUUAUAUUUGUUAUAGUGUCCAUGGUGAUGCUUUGUGCGAGUACUUUGCCAGAUUGGAAAACCGCUGAGAACAACAGUGUGGUGGAGCACAGGUACAAUCCAGACUCUUUAGAGCAUCCAUCCGGGAUCAUCGAGGCUGUGUGUAUCAGCUGGUUCACCGCCGAGUGCAUCGUGCGCUUCAUCGUGUCGCGGGACAAGUGUGAGUUUGUCAAACGGCCCCUCAACAUCAUCGACCUACUAGCCAUCACGCCCUACUACAUCUCCAUCUCCAUGACGAUGCUGACAGGCGAGAACUCGCAGCUGCAGCGGGCGGGUGUCACACUGCGUGUCCUGCGCAUGAUGCGCAUCUUCUGGGUGAUCAAGCUGGCCCGUCACUUCCUGGGCCUGCAGACUCUAGGGCUGACACUGAGGCGCUGCUACCGGGAGAUGGUGAUGCUGCUGCUGUUCAUCUGCGUGCCCAUGGCCAUAUUCAGUGCUCUAGCCCAGCUGCUGGAGCAUGGCCUGGACUUGGAGUCGCCCAACGAGGACUUUGCCAGCAUCCCUGCCGCCUGCUGGUGGGUUAUUAUCUCCAUGACCACUGUGGGCUAUGGAGACAUGUACCCCAUCACCGUGCCUGGGCGAGUGCUGGGUGGCCUGUGCGUGGUGAGCGGCAUCGUGCUCCUGGCACUACCCAUCACCUUCAUCUACCACAGCUUCGUGCAGUGCUACCAUGAGCUCAAGUUCCGCUCGGCCCGCUGCACGCGGAGCCUGUCCGCAGAGUUUCUCAACUGAGGGACCACUGACGUUGC